UAUAGUCGAUAGUUUAUGACAAUUCGUAAAAAUCUAUCUUUUUUAAAAAUGAGAGCUAUUUUACUGUUUUUAAUUUUAAUCCAAACAAGAGGAAAAUCAAUCCAAAUAUGUCCAAAAUAUUGUACAUGUAAACCUGGUGCACAAGCUGAAUGGUUACGUAUUAAAUGCAAUAAUGAAUUACAGAAUAUUAGAGAUAUCAAUAUCGAUAGUGUCAGUGUGGAAUUAGUUCAAUUAGAUUUAAGUAAAAAUAAUAUUUAUGCCAUUGAAGCUAAUAUAUUUAAAAAUUUGACAAAUUUAAAACGUUUGAAUUUAUCACGAAAUGAUAUAACUUUUAUUGGUGAAGAUUGUUUUAAUGGUCUUGAAAAUUUAGAAAGACUGGAUUUAAGUAAAAAUCAAAUUUCAACUAUUGAUAUUUACACAUUUAAGACAUUAUCAAAUUUAAAAAGACUUGAUUUAUCAAGCAACAACAUAAGUACGAUGAAACCAUCAUUAUUUCAUGAUUUACUGGCUUUAGAACGCUUGAAAUUAAAUGAAAAUAGAUUGACAACUUUAAUGGAAGGUACUUUUUAUAACCUAAAGUUUUUAAAACAGUUAGAUUUGUCUAAUAAUCCAUGGAGAUGUGAUUGUGAAUUGUACUGGUUUAGUAAUUGGAUUUAUAAUAGUUCUAUUAAAUUAAGUCCUGCUCCAAAAUGUGCAUCACCUUUAAAUGUCAAAGGUGAAUUUGUGAAGGAAUUAAAGUAUUCAGAAAAUAUUCAAUGUCAAUGGUUACCACCUACAAUUGAACUUCGACCAGUUCAUAAUCAAGUAGUAUUUGCAGGAGAUUCUAUAACUUUAAAAUGUAGAGCACCUAGCAUAACAGAAGACAAAAAUGCAAAAUUAAGUUGGUUAUGGUAUCCUAACACUACUUCUGAAAUCAUAGAUUUAAAUUCAUUUUUAGAUCCACAAAAAAGUUUAUCUAAUAUUAAAAUUGAUAAUAGAUAUCUUACAGAUAGUGGUAUUGUGGAUAGUUCACUUAGUAUUGUUCCAGUUAAAAAAGAACAUAAUGGUCAAUGGAAUUGUUUAUUAGUUUCUACAAAUGGUAAUAGAUCAAAAACAAUUAGUGUAAUUGUUAUUUCUGAAGAAACUCGUUAUUGCCCUUUAGUAGUAACUAAAAGUAAUAAAGGUAUGUAUACAUGGCCAAAAACUGUAGUAGGAUGGAAAGCAGAAUUGCCAUGUGAAGGAAAUCAUUUAUCAGGUUUAAUGCAAAUACCUUUAAAAGCUUCUUAUCAAUGUAAUAUUACUGGAUACUGGGAAAAUCUAAACACAGAAUUAUGUCCUUACAUAUCACAUAUAACAAAAAGCUUAGAACAGUUUUCUAAAGUUAAUCUUUCACUUACAAAAAUUAAUUUAUUAGAAACAGCAAAGAAAUUCAAAAAUUAUACCGGAAAUGCUAUAAAAAUAACUGAUCCUAUUGAAAUAAAUUUUAUAACUCAAACUAUAGAGAAUUAUUUAAAUUUUAUAAUUGAAGAAAAAGAACUUGGUUCCAUGUUAAUCGAUGUUAUUAGUACUUUAAUUAAUGUACCAAAGAAUAUUUUAAGGAAAGCUGAAAUUUCUUUUAAAUCUUGUACACGGAUAAUAAAAGCUGUAGAAAAAAUUAUAGAAUUUACUCCAUCUAUACAAUUUUAUAAGAAAAAUAUGGCAUUGGAAGAAUUUAGAGUUAAACGUGAUAGUUUCACAGGAUUGAUAUGUACAUGGUAUUCCAAUAAUAAUCCAGAAAUACGAUUUUUACAAUGUACAACAAAUAAUAGAACGUCACCUAUUAAUAUAAAGGAUAGAGUAAUUGAAGCAUCAAUACAUUUACCUGCAUCUUUAUUACAUUAUUCACGUGAGAUUGUUGCUUAUCAAUUAAUGAUUUCUGUAUAUAGCAAUAACAGAUUGUUUCCUAAUAAUAACAAUGAUAAUAUGGAUAUUGCAUCUUGUGUCAUUGGAAGCAAAUUAUAUGGAAUGUCAGUACAAAAUUUAACUGAGCCUGUAUAUAUUAUGCUUAAAGUACCUUUAUAUUAUUAUGCUGGAAAAAAAUUAUUACCUGUAGUUUGGGAUGAAACAUUAAAUAAAUCAGGUGGUUGGACAAGUGAUGGUUGUCAUUUAAGAAACGUAUUAAACAAUUUAAUAGUAUUUCAUUGCAAUAGAUUAGGAUAUUAUGGCCUUUUACAAGAUACAUCUUCAUUUGAUUAUGAUGAUAACAGCAUAAAUGGAGCAAAAUUUAGAUAUUCAAAUCCUGCAAUAUAUAUCGGUAGCAUUGCAACAAUAACAUGUUUAAUUUUUAUGUCUGUUACAUAUAUUAUUUGUUACACAUCAAUUACUAUGCCUAAAAAGGCAAAACAUUGUGUUAUUAAUACUUGGUUUGCUAUGGCAUUAUUAUCAUUUUUUUAUAGUAUUGGUAUUUAUCAAACAGAAAAUAUACCAAUUUGUCAAGGUGUUGGUCUUAUUUUGCAUUAUUUAUCUUUGUGUUCUUUGUUAUGGAUGGCAGUAUUUGCGAGCAAUAUGUAUAAAAAAUUAUCUAAAUCAGAUCUUGAAGAUAUUCCAGAUAAUGAACUUCAAGAUCAACCAAUCCCAAAGCCAUUAUUAGGACUUUAUUUAGUUGGCUGGGGUAUAGCUAUGAUCAUUUGUGGUAUAUCUGGUGCAAUAAAUUUACGAGAAUAUGCUGGAUAUUCUUAUUGCUUUCUCACAUCUGGUCCUGCACUUGUUGCUCUCUUUGUUCCAGCUGGAAUUCUAAUUACGUAUUUAAUUAUUUUUCAUUUACUUAUUAAAUGCUCAAUACAGAAUGUUGAUAUGAAUGCUCAGUUAUCUGAAGGUACACAAGCUACAGAAAAUAUGGAUUUAGAAUUAUUGGAACCGAAUACAAAUAUUUCUGUAGAUAGAAAUAGUGCACGUAGUGCACAAACUGUUUUAUCUGAUAUUGAAGAUUCAGAACAUUCUCAAAUAACUCAAUUAAAAGGUCAAAUUAUUACAUUAAUUUUAUAUUUAAUAUCGUGGAUUACUGCAGCAGCAGCUAUGACAAAACCACUAAAUGCAUAUAUUUCAUUUGAUGAGACUAUAUUUGCUACAUUAUAUUCAUUUUUUUCUAGUUCACUUGGUAUUUUUAUUCUUUUUUUUUAUGGAAUUGCACGAAAUGAUGUUCGGUCACAAUGGUUGAAAAUGGGUUGUUGGUUUCAAAAACGGAAAAAUCGAUGUUGUCGAACAAGAAGUAUUUCUGAUGCAAAUCCUGUGAUAGCACCACAAUCUUUAGUACAAAAUUUAGUACCCCCAAUAUCUAAUUCUCAAGCUACCCAAGUUACAUCUGAUUCAAAUUCCAUUAGUUCAUCCAGAUAUACCAAUAGAUCGCAAACUUACAAUGCGUUUAAAGUUACAGAUAUUAUAACAAAUCAAGAAAUCUCACCUGUUAAUAGAAAAAUGACAAAUGUAAACUUAGUUGUAUUACAUAGACAACAAUACAGAUCUGACAAUUCUGUUACAACAUAUAUUGAACCAACUUGUGUUGAAAUGUUUUAUAAUCCUCAUCAAAGUGGAGUUGCUAGAAAAUUCUUCAGAAAACAACGUCGUCAUACAAAAAAUAAUAAUCUCGGUCCUCGAAAACAAGGUGAUGGAGGUGCUGUAAGUGAUGCUGGUAGUUGUAUUUCUGUUCCACGAUCUAGUACGAAAUUAGAAAGUAAUAUAGACCAAACUAUUUUAAGUAGCAGUGCAAAAGUAAAUAAUACAAAUAUCCAUGUUGAAUUAAAUCCAAUAAAUGAUAUUAAAAACGUUAAUAUACUCUCAGAUAGCGGUGGUAGUAUUUCAGAGGAAAAAAAUGUUCCAGUGCGAUUUGUUAUUGGUCAAGAAAGUCUUUUUCGAAACGUAAGAAAAGUUAAUAAUAAUUGUAGAUUACAUGAUUCUAUAAACAGAAUGUCAAAUUCUGCAAGAAAUAAUUGCCAAAAAGAAUUACUAAAUUUAACUUUACAUGAUUCAGAUAUAGAUAUUAAAACUGAUGAAGAAAAACACUUACAAAGUGUUUCACAACAAUGCAGUUUAGAAUAUAGUUCUGAAAUUGAAUCACAAAUGAUUAGUGAAAAAAGUGAUCAUAAUUUGUCAGAAAUUUAUGAAACUGUAGAAACUGUUACAGAAACAAAAUUUUUAAAAAAAGAUUGUCAAAGUAUGAAUGAAUUUUAUGAAUUAGAAGAACGACAGUCUAAUGUUACUUUAAAAUGGUUGACUCAUUCUAAUAGCAUGCAUUGCCUUCCAAUAGAUACUGUAAAACCAUUAAAAAAUAAUUAUUGUAAUUCAUUAAAUGACAUCACGUCUCUCACCAGUUUAAAAAAAUGUGAAUAUUUAAAAUCAUUUACAGGCCUACAAAAUAUUACAAGCUCAAAUUUAUGUGAUAAAAGAUCCCUAUCUCAAAAAUCAUUUAAUAAAUCAGAAUUAUCUUUUUUUAAAGUAAAUAGCGCAGCAAAAGAUAAUUUAAUACCAACUACAACAUAUAUAACUCCUGAAAUAAGUUUUGAAUGUGCCUCUAAUACAUGCACUGAUGAAUAUAAAUCUAAACAAAAACUUGUCAAUUCUAUGAUUGAUAUGAGAUCUCUUAUGCAUAGUUCUUGUAAUAUUAUAAGAAAUUUAGAUACAAAAAAUGAAGUAGAGAGUUUAAACAAACAACAAAUGAUACAGAAUAUUGAAACCAAUAAAACACAUUUAAAUAAUCCAAAUACUUAUCUACAAAUAGUCAAAAAAGAAACAAGUGUUUAAUCUAGUUUUGCUUAUCUAAAACACGUAAUAUAUUAAUAUAGACAUUUUAUCUAAAAGAAUAGAAUAAUUUUUCUUUCUUUAAUAAUAUUUACAAUUUUAUAAUAUUAAAAUAUUAAAAAUAAUU